GUCUGUACCUACUCAGCAUUGUGGCCCCGGGGGUCUGGCAGUCAUACUACACCGCAGCAGAGUGCUACGUGUCAUCCUCACGCUGUCAAACGCGGUGUUCAAUCUUAGUGGACAGAGGCAACAUGACACAACUCACCUCACUGAACGAGGACGUGCUCGAUGCGAUCAUCUCCCGCCUCCGUUUUCGUGACGCUCUCAGCCUCUCGGAAACAUGCCGCAACCUCCAUCCCAUAUCCGUCGGUAAUGCCAUCUCUGACGUCUACCUCACCCAUCCUGGGCAACUCGAGCGAUUCUGCAUCUACAUGCUCGCCGAUGCGCAGAACCGCUUGCUGCGCCUACGGCGACUCGAGAUUGUUGCGCAGGCGCUCGGGAUCAUCCCAAGUGGUGAAGAGACUUGGGAGAGCCCUAUGAUACCCAUUGAAAAGCUGGCGGAUGCGCUAGAGGGCGCCUCGAAUCUGGAGAAACUGGACAUCGAGUGCGUGCAGCCCUUGCUUGAAGCCAUGCCGCGCCUACCCUCUAUCCUACUCCGACUUCGCGGAAUGAAAGAACUAGCGCUGCGCCACGUACCGUUCGCGGCGGCGAAAGAUCUACUUCCUACUCGCUCGACUCAUCUCCGGAUGCUAAUUCUCACCGAGGCAAGCUUCACUUCUGCGUCACCAACUAUCCUGAAGCACCUCGCCUCCUUCCCUCAGCUCACGCGACUCGAGUGUUCGACGCUGUACGUUUCGGAUUUCGAGCACCCCGUCACACUGCCGUCUAUCACACAUCUUGUUAUCGGCCAGUGGGGGCACGACAUUCCGUUGGCGAGCAUCGCCAAUACUUUCCCUGGCGUACGCCGCUUGCACGUCAAGUCCAUUAUAUGGGAUCUGAGCAUGAUUGACGACGUACGCUGGCAUGCUGGUGAAAGCAUCGCGACUGGAUGCUGGAACCAUCUGGAUGAGCUGUGUGGCACUGCGGAGGCCCUAGGUGGCUAUAUAACCUGUCCCGUCAGGAUGUUCCGCCGGCUAGCCUCUCGUGCUGAAUUCUUGUAUGAAUUAGAAGAGGGGACAGCCGCGAUACGCAGGACAGCCCCUGUCUGCAUCUCUCUCUACACGUUCACAGACUCUCCUUGGCAUGUCUGGAAACGGCUCGGAGAAAACACUCCUCGGUUGAGGUUCCUUGACAUUCACGUGUCCGAUGCUGGGAUUGGGACAUCUAUGGACACCUGGAUGGAGAACGUACCUCCUGCCCUACAGUCACUCCGCAUCGUCUGCAUGCGUCUCCAGAUCACAGACAUCUGUCACGCAAUGCCUGCAGGCCUCAGUAGUAGCGAUAUGCUGGACCUGGAACAAGACGUCAUAAACACACUCCCAAAUCUGCUCGCUAGAUACAUCGCGUCGCUGCAAUACCUGGGCAUCGGUAUCGGUGACAAAAGGUACGACAUGUACACGCGAUCGUGGUCAUUCGUCGGGAAGACGUCGUGGUGGCGGGUCUCGCGUGACGGGCAGGAAGAUAAUGUUCGGAUGGAACCUAUAUCUGCUGAUAUUGGCGAGCGCGUCAUUGCGUAUAUCGAUUCGGCAGAGUUCGAGGCUACCAUGCAGUUCGACGAUGCGCGUUUCCGAUCCAAAUAGUUACGGAUACAUCCCAGUUUUGGUGGCUUAAUGUGCUGCUUCGUCGGAUAUUGCUUUUUUAGGCCGAUCAAACACGCUCCGUAGCUCGAAGUAACGAAGUGUUCCGUGGCUUGUCGCGAGGCUGCGACGAGUACGAUUCGAUAUUCGUAGUUGAGGAGUUCGACACAGGUUUCAGAGUCACA